AUGGUGGUUCAAGAGUACCCCAAGAUUAGCAAUCAGGUUAAAAUAGAAAGUGAAGUCAUAUCAUUCAUCUUGGCGAACCAUAUCAUCCCAUCUUUCACUUUCUUCAUCAAUUUAUUUGAUUCACAUCAUAAGUUUAUCACCGCCUUUAAACGAUAUCCUAGUCUUGUAGAGAGUAGCAGUGCUAAUACUUUCUCUAACAUUGAAAUUUUGAGGCAACACGGCGUGACAGAUUCGAACAUUGUCUACUUAAUUUCUACUCCGUUUAUGUCACUCAACACAAACCCUGACAGAUUGAAUGAGGUAGUGGAGGAUGUUAAGAAAUUGGGUUUCUACCCUUCACAAGCCCAUUUUGUUAUAGCCAUUAAGGCAUUGACCUCAAUGAGCAAAGCAACAUGGAAAAGGAAGAUGGAGGUUUAUGAGAAGUGGGGUUGGUCUGAGGAAGAAACAAUCUUGGCUUUUACAGAAUGUCCGUGGUGUAUGAUGGUAUCCGAGGAGAAGAUAAUGGCAGUGCUGGAUUUUUAUGUCAACACAAUGGAUUGGAAGUCUUCCCUAAUUGCCCGUGGUCCAAAAUUAAUGUCAUACAGCUUGGGUAAGAGGAUAAUUCCCCAGUGUUCGGUACUUCAAGUUUUGUUGUCAAAAGGUUUGGUUAAGGAACCCAUUAGCACAAAUACAUUGUUGGUGUCGAUAGAGAGUUUGUUCCUCAAGAAGUUUGUGACCUGUUAUGAGGAAGCUCCUCAGUUGUUGAAACUAUACCAAGAAAAAUUGGACCUUUCAAAAUUAUACGGCAAAGGUUAUAAAAGUAAGGGGGGAACAUAUCAAUUGUAG